GCGGCGCGGAGCCGUGAGAAAACUUGUCGCUUCGGGGACGAGCGGCUCCGGGAGGCAGCCAGGCGUUCGCCGGACCGUCUCAGCACCCACCAACCUCCCCCCUCCGCCGCUUCCCCGAUGCCGGACACCAGCCCCCACCCGCCCCCGGGCAGCCCCCGGCCGGCCGGAGCACAGGUAGGCAGCAGAAGCGGGCAGGACGAUGCCCUCCUUUAACUCUUUUCAAGCUCCUCGGCUGGAAUCGGGGCGCAAAGGGGCAUCUGCGGAUGCUCGGUAGAGCUCCCCCCCCCCCGCUCCCCGCCCAAGACAGCACAGGGGGAGACCGGGGAGGACUGCGGCACGUUGCACCGGGCUGCACAGAGGCUCCUGCCCGGCACAAUGUCCCCGAGGGCACCCACAGACCCUCUCCGGGCGCGGGUGGCGAAGCUGCUGCUGCUGCUGCUCCAUCUGUGCCGCGCUCCCCGCGCCUCCCCGCUGCCCCGCAGCUGCCCCGCCGCCUGCAUCUGCACCUCCGACCUGCUGAGCUGCAGCCGGCAGACGCUGCAGCGCGUGCCCCGGGCGCUGCCGCCCACCGCCACCACGCUGGACCUCAGCCACAAUGCCCUCACUCAGCUCCAUGACCGCUGGCUGGCCGCCCUCCCGCACCUCGAGGCCCUCCACAUCAGCCACAACCAGAUAAAGGACCUUUCUCCGCAGGCUUUCCACAAUGCCUCCUACCUGCGGCACCUCGACAUGUCCUCCAACCACCUGCACGCCGUCGAGACGCACUACUUCGACAAGCUGGUGAGCUUGGAGGAGCUGCUGCUCUACAACAACCGCAUUACACGAGUGGAUGAAAACGCCUUCGCCAAGCUGAGCGGCCUGCGGAAAGUCUACCUGAGCUGGAACAACCUGACCACCUUCCCCUUCCACUCGGUGCAGGGGCUGGGCAACUACAGCCUGCGCACGCUGGACCUCUCCUCCAACAGCCUGAGCAGCAUCCCCGUGGAGGAGCUGGCGGCUCUGCCCGAAAACAUCAGGAACGGCUUGUACCUGCACAACAACCCCGUCAGGUGCAGCUGCCAGCUCUACCUGAUGCUCCAGCGCUGGAAGCAGCGAGGUUUCAGCUCGGUGAAGGAUUUCUUCGAGGAACACACCUGCAAGGUGUCCAACAACGUGCCCCGGUCACUGAUCAAGUUCCUCAAAUACAGCCACAUGUUUGAGAACUGCUCGGCGGGCCCUGAAGACGUGCACCCCGUGACCUUCCCUGUGAUGGUGGGCCAGACCCUCCUGCUCACCUGCAACACCAGCCUGCCGGCCGUGGCCACCACCUACAUGUGGAUCUCCCCUCGCCACGAGCCCAUCAAACACCCGGGGAACAGCAACCGCUCCUUGGAGGUGUACCGCAAUGGCAGCCUGAAGAUUGCGGUGGCCAAGCCCUGGCACUCGGGGGUCUACGUGGGCUUGGCCAUCAACAGCCCCCACAAUUUCAGCAGGCUGUGCGAAAUCAAUGUGACGGUCCACUUCCCCAAGCCAGAUGGGGAGACCUUUAGCACCGGCCUCACAACGCUGCUGGGCUGCAUCGUGAGCCUGCUGCUCGUGCUUAUCUACCUGUACCUCACGCCCUGCCGCUGCCUGAGCUGCUGCAAGAAGCCAGCUCCUCUCAGCCCCCCACAAGAGUGCAGCGCCCAGUCCUCCAUCCUAAGCACCACUCCCCCUGCCACCGAUGGGCCAAACCGCAAGGUCAGCGCCAACAAGCAUGUGGUCUUCCUUGAGCCCGUCAGGGAGACACAGAACGGCAAGAUUCGCCUGGCCCUCAGUGAGGACUUCCCUGAUGCCAAGCACCCCAAGGUCCUGCAGCUCAAGUCGGACUCAGAGUCCAUCAGCUCUGUCUUUUCGGACACCCCCAUCGUGUCAUAGCGGGGCAGAGCUGGGAGGAGUACCGGGGACUCCCAAAAGCUGUUCUCCAUUGCUGCUAGAAGCAGGACUAUUGGGCACUCCGAAUUCCCAGCUUGACCGUGACCCACGAGGGUGAUCGGCAUCACCCACAACUGCUUCAGCCAUGAGCUCCUGGUGGGUUUUGGGCUGGGGGCACAACGGUGCCCGGCAAGAGCGCCUUGCAGAAGCCACGGCCUCAUUAGCACAACGGUAAUGCUGAUGAACCCAGCACGCCCGAGAAAUCUCUGCUUCAUUCGGACAAACUCCCCAAUGAUGACACUGGGAUGGUGGUCUGCCGUGGCCCCGGGCUCAAGAAACACAACCCGGCCACCACCGCCUUGGACCUCCCAGGCCAAGGAACAGCCAUGACGAGUGGGGUAGUGUCCUCGCUCAUGCCAGGGGAUGGCGGUGCCACUGUCCCCUUCCAGCCCGUGCUGGUCCCCAUCACCAUGCUGUGGCUGGGAGCGGGGUGAGGAGCAUGACCCUGUCGCAAGGUGGGCUAAGCGCUGCCUCUCCGAAUGUGGCCACGCAGGAGGGAUGGAGCUCAGCGCCUGACCAGCCAUGCAGCCAAGCAAACGUUACCAAGCUUUUGCCUCCCGAGAAGCUGUAAAUAGUCAAGGCAGGAUUAGGUGAUGUGAUACAGCGCCCUAGCCCGCAUUGCUCAGCGCUCCCCGUGCCACCAAGGACGAUGAGGGCUCAGAUGCACCACCCUCCUUCGCCGCUUCUCCUUGAGGCGGACAAACGCGCUGCUAAAGCACAGCUAUUUAGGCAGUAAUCUAAUAAGCCUAUCGAUAAAUGUGAGUAAUCCUCUCCUCUCUUGGGUCGUAAUUAUCUAGUUACAUUGGAAUAAAAAAUGCCUAUUUUUUUAAGCUGACACAGGGCUGAGUGUCUCCUUGCCCUUGCAGGGCAGCGGCGUGCAGCCACUCUGCAACCCACGGGUGCAGCGGUGGGAGUCCGGGGGGUCUGAGGGAGCCCUGAAUUCCCGCUGAACUGGCACACAGAGCCAGGCAAUCCGCACCGGUCUCGCAGGCUCUGUUCCCAUCUAACAGCGUUAGGGUGGCCUUGGCAAGGGGGUUAAAUGUGCCGAGAUGGUGCUGGUGGCCCAGGGCUGCUGCGAGAGGAGCGUCUAGUGGCUUGUCCCCAGGAGGGCAGGUCCCUGGUGGCGCCUGGGAGCUGGGGAGGGAGCAGGGCCAACUGACACAAGGGCAUAUCCAGAACUCAAUAGGGAUGAGCAGGAUUUAGGUGCGGGGGAGAAGACCAUGGGGAGACCCGCUCGAGGUGGGACUGGCCUGAUCUUUGGCUAAAUCCUGACAACCUUGGCAGACAGACUCCAGCCCCCACCUCAUCAGACACCUGCGCUGCUUUCCCCAGCACCCAGCCCUGCAUCACCCCUGGCACCGGGAGCAGCUCUGCCCCCCCAUAACGCCUGACUGACCCCGCAGAGGGAUAAGGGUGUCCCCCCCCAUCUGCCAGCCACCACUGCCCUCUCCACAGCUGGAGCAGGAGCACGCAGCUGCCUGCAGCAUGGGGGAUGCUGGAGCCUGCCCAAAAGCAGGAAUGCAGCUCAGACACAACCCAAAAAUGUGGACCAGGACACUUUGCAGACCUUUCCCCAAACCCACAGCCCCCCACAGCUGUGCCCCAGCCCCCAGAGCUGCUGGCAGCCCUACAACUGGUGGGAGGGGAAGGUCCCUGUGGCAUCAGGACAGCACUGACACCCGGUCUUUAACUAUUUCAGCCAGGAAACAAGCAGCUUUUUUCCCAGCAAAAAGUCAACCAUGCCCAAACUGGGCCUGUCAGACUCCUCCCCACCCGUUGAAGGAGGGGAGAGCAUUUGGGAGAGCAUCUAUCCUACCCAACCGCAGCCGCCCAGCGCCUCUCCUGACACCGACCUUGUGCGCAGCUCCAUGCGAUACGUGCCCCACUGCCACGUGCCCCGCGGCCGCCGCUCGGCAGCUGGCAAAGGCGACGGGAUGUGGAGCGACAGGCCCUGCUGGCCUGUGCCCUCGCUCCCCACGCGCCCGCUGCUGCCAGCCCUGUCACCUCCCGUUAGCGCAGCGCUCCUGACACGCCUGGGAUGCCGAGCUGGCCGCGCUGGCGUGCUGCCGGGGGGUGGCAAGGUGCUUCAGCGUCGGGUGGAUAGGUGAGUGGCACCCUGCCUCUCAAAGACGGAGCCGAGACGAUGCCAUCCCCUGGCUUUGCACCCAGGCAGGGAUCCCACAGAAAGGAUGGUUUGGAUUUGCCCUGGGAAUGUCUGGAAAAGAGAAGAGACCCAGGCAAGAGGGCCCAGGUCUGAACCCAACGAGGCCACUGCCCUGAGCGUGGCCCACGCCUGCCGAGACGCUACUGGCUCUGUGCCAGAGCGAAUGCCACAUCCAAGCACUGCAUCUUCCUCCGAAAGGAAAGGUGAAGUGCUGCUCUGGGUUUCAGCACCCGGAGUUGGUGUUACCCCCCUGCUGCUCUUCCAUCGCCAUCUUUGUAGGUCUCCUCGCAAACAUUCCCCCUCCCUGGUGCCAACGUGAGCUUCCCAGGCAUUAGUGCUUCUGCAAAUCUGCAUCCCCAGCUGAGGCUAACGGCUGAAGCUUGGGAACAGCUCAGGGACAACUGGACUGUAAGAAAGGCUCCCGAGGGCCUCUUCGGGGACACAGCAGCCUGGAGAAGCCCAGGAGAGCUCUUCUUGGCUGGCUGCAAUUCUCCUGUCCCUGCAGGAAGGCUGAGCCCCACUAUGCCGGAGACAGCAAAUGUGAGGUUUGUAUCAGUGCUGCCCCCAAGGGCUCUCCGCUGCCUUACCCAGGAAAAUCCUGCUGCUGCAUUUCACACCUUUCUGGUGCUCGGAAAGGACCUUGCACCACACUGCUGCUCCAACGAGCAAGGCAAGGCAGUUUGAAUUGUUGAAGCAGUUCAUUAAAGAGCCUAAAAGGCAAAUCGUCUCAGCAAGGAAAAACAUAGCCAGGAGCAUAGCUUCCCUGACAGGCAGGAGUUGGGUAAUGUAAUGGAUGGUCCCCAAGGAAUACACUGUCCUCUCUCGGAAGCCAUCUGCAUCAUUACAGCCCCGGCUCGCUGCCAAACGGGCCUCCCGCUCCUUGACUCCAGAGGAUAAAGUACUAGGUCAGCAUAAAGCACGGUGUCUCCGGCGUGCAGGGACCUGCGCCUGUGCACACAGGUACAAAGACUAGCUUUGCGGACCGGCCUCCAACACUGACCCCCGUCUCCCUUGGCACUUCACAUCUCAGCCAGGACAACGUGGGCACGCUGAAUGCUAGCCCCCUCCUGCCACUGGGGCUGGACACAUGAUGUACAUGGUUGGACCUGGAUCUUUUCCUUAUGAUGCUCAUGGUUUUCCAAAGAGCUUGAAGCAGUGAAGCCUAGUGCUUGCCAGCACGAUGCCUGCUCUUGCCUCCCAGUGUGUGCCCGACAUACCCCAGGGGCCAGGAGACGCCAGCUUUGGCAGUCCCAUUUGUAGCUGGGAGCUUGUAAAAACAGUAAGAUCAGUAAGGCAAGACUCCUUUUUUAACCACGAAACCUAGGUCUGAGCUAGUCACGCCACUGUGCUCUGGCUCACCCUCACCCCGAUCCGCUAUGCACUGCAAGACUCAAGUCUCACUCACUUUCCAAGGUUUUAGGGCAAGGUAGCAAGGACUCCUUUAGCCUGAGAGGUCCACGAAACGUCUACUCCUGCAACUCCUUCCCUACAGCUCGCUCAUCAACAUGUGUUGAAGGAGCAUUCGUGUUUAAGCGAUCAGUAAUUACACAAGACUGCAGAGAACUACCGUGUCCGGUGGGGACCAGCCAAGUCCCCAGGGUCCCAGCAGUGCUUGAGCAUGCAGGUGGGUGGCCAGGAUGAGUUUAGGAACCUGCAGACUGGUAUCUUCUGUGACUUUUCCAGUGGAGGCAACCCCAAAACCAUCCAGCAAUUGAACAGCGUCUGCUUUACUGGCCUCCCCUAUGUGGCCUCGUUGCCUACUCACCUUCUCACUCACCAACAUGUUACUUCUGCCCAGUGAACUUCUCCAUCUCCUCCCUCCUGCCAGCCCAUCCCUCUGCACCCAUCUGUACUGUGCAAAGGAGAAAAGUGCAGAGAUCCAGCCAGAAUUACCCCAACAUCACAUUAGCCCAGUGCCGCUCCUCCUGGCAGGUCCCGCUGGCUCGUGCUCAGCAUCCCACUGGUACAGUGUGGUUGUUUCUGACCCAGGAUCCCUGUCCUGUGCUCUGCUGGCUGGUACCACCAUGUUCACAGUGCUCUUCUGUCUAUCCUCUCCAUCUCUUGGGCAGAAGUCCCUGGGAGAUGCACCCUGAAGGCUGCUUACGUCUUUCCUUGUACAGUUGUGCUGCUGCCAAGUUUGCUGGCUCCUUGCAUGUGCCCUAACCCUCCAGAUUCACAUGGACAGGGCUGGGGAAUGCGCCGCCCAGCCUCGCUCCCCCUGUCUCUGAGGGGAUGGUGUCCAUGGGGCAUGGGGGAAGACCGAGGACUGGAGUGGCGGCCAAGCCCUGGCACAACACAGCUCAUCUCGGCUCUGGGAUGGCCCCUUGCUUUCCACAAAGCCUGUUCCAACCUAUAUUAGGUCCUAAUUACAAGGUGGCCUUGCACGCUGGGGACCAAGAGCCUCACCGUCGAGCCUCGCCCCUUCCCCUGCCCCUGGCUCUUGCCAGGAUCCUUACACAAGCUCUGGCCAAUGCUGCUCCAUUAGCUCACUCCUAAGAAGGCUUGAUAGAAAAUCUGCUCAAUUAUUUAGCAGACAAACAGGGGGAUGAUACCAGCUGAAGGCAGCCAGGGUCUCUGGCGCAGACCCAACGAUUCAGCCCAGCUCCUGGUUCAUCCUGUCAGACCCUGCCUUCCCUCUCCUCCCUGCAAAACCAAGGCUCAGUCAUUAGGGCCUGGCAAAGAGGCAGCGCACGGGCACCCCUGCUUCCUUGGCCCCUGCUAGGAGCUGAGGCUCCCUGCAACAGAGGUGCUGCCCAACUGCUGUCAGACCUGAGGGCUGGGAAGAGGCAGCACGGCCGGAGGCCCGAGCAGUCCCACAACAACAGUGCAGAGGCCAAAAUAGCAUCAUAGAACGGUUAGAGUUGGAAGGGACCUUAAAGAUCACCUAGUUCCAACCCCCUGCCCUGGGCACACCUCCCACUACACCAGGUUACUCAAAGCUCCAUCCAGCCUGGCCUUGAACACCUCCAGGGACGGGGCAGCCACAGCUUCUCUGGGCAACUUGGGCCAGUGUCUCACCACCCUCACGGUAAAGAAUUUAUUACUAAUAUCUAACCUAAAUCUAACUUCUUUCAGUUUAAAACUGUUACCCUUUGUUCUAUCAUUACACCCCCUGAUCCAGAGUCCCUUCCCAGCUUUCCUGUAGGGCUCCUUCACGUACUGAAAGAGGCUAUAAGGUCUCCCCGGAGCCUUCUCUUCUCCAGGCUGAACAACCCCAACUCUCUCAUAGCAGAGGUGCUCCAGCCCUCUGAUCAUCUUCAUGGCCUCCUCUGGACUCACUCCAACAGGUCCAUGACCUUCUUAUGUUUGGGCCCCCAGAGCUGGACGCAGUACUCCA